AUGAGCCCUGCUGCAGCCUCAACCUGCUUCAUGACACUCUCUUCCUCAGGUGCUGCAGCAGCAACUAAGCUGUGGUUUCAAACUGGUGUUGACGUUCCUGCAUUGCAGCGGGUCGGACUAGAUGACCCUGGGAGGGUCCCUUCUGCGAUUCCUCCACCGCCACCCGCCUCGCCGGCAAUUCACACACAGGCCUGAACACACGUGCUCAGUUCCUCCUCCUCUUCUCCCGCCCCGCCUCAGCCUUCAUUGGCGGCCUCCAAGCGGGGCUGGCUCAGCCGGCGGGCGGUUGGUUGCUGCUCCUCCGCCCGAGACCCGGCGCGGCGGUUCCCCGGGUGCGCUCGCCGCGAGGAGCCGAGAGGCGGCGGGGCGGAGGCGAGGGAGUCCGGGUCCCUCCAGUCCCGGUUCCCGCGCAGCGCUGGAGGAAGAGGCGGCCUGAGAGCGCCGGGGAGGCGUUGCCCGGCGAGGCCGGGAGUUCGCCCCCUGCCCGGGCUGCAGAACAACAAGCGAGGAGGAGGCCGCCCCCGAGCAACUCCUGGGCGAGCGCUGGGGACGCCGCCGCGUCGCUUUCCCGCCACCAGGGUGGCCGCUUGGAUAGCGCGGGAGGGCGAGCGCGAGGCGCCUCAGCAGCAAGUGGCGCCGCCGCCGCCGCCGCCCCGCGCAGACCUCACAGGAGGCGGGAAGCGCAGCGGCCAGGAGACAGAGCUCGGCGGCAGCUCCCCCUGCCCCGGCCGGCCGCCAUGGCUGCCGCGGCGAGGCGACAGCGAGGGACUCGAAGCGGUGGCUGCUGCUCCUGCCGCCUCCUCUGGAGGAGUCCGAAACAAGCGCCCCAGUCCAGAAGAGGUAAGGGCUAGGAGCCGACGGGAAAACCCCUCUCCUCUUCACGUAUCCAAAUAUGCCAACGCCUCGGGGGGCGAAAUCCCAUUGGCCUCCCUCCCUCAAAUAUUCGAGGCCCCCACUCCACCCCAGUUGAUGGGCAUUGCCAUUCAAAUGGUGUGCGUGCCCCGCGGCUGGUGAUCGAUAAACCAGUAUUUUAUUCAAGUUGGCACCCUUGUAAAGCAGCCCAAAGAGACAAUACGCUUUGAGCUGCCUUUCCUUUUUACCAGCCUGAGAAGGGAAGUAUCUGCACCACUUCGGAGGGUCAUUGCAAAGCUCCUCCUCCUUUGCAUGUUUGCGUUUAUUUACUUAUUUGUUGCAUUUACUUUUCCCAGCUUUGUUUCUUUUAACGAAGAACGCCCCAAAUCCCCUCCAAACCCAUGCCAAAGUUUUGCUGCGAAUUCGUAGUUAACGAAGCUCCCCCUCCCCCCCAUCCCGGGAGCUCGAAAGUGGUGUGCAUAUACUGUAGUUCUUGGGCACCCCGUUUUAUCCACACGGCAACCCUGUGAGGUGGGUUAGGUGGAGAGGCGGUGGCUGGCCCAAAGUCACCCAGUAAGUUUCGUGGCCAAGUGGGGAUUUGAACCCUGGUGUCUUCCUCGAGUCCUAGUUUGACAUCCUAACCAUUACCCCUUGCUGGCCAAUAAUGAAGAACCUGGCUUUAAAUGCAGGUUCGACAUGAGCAAAAGGGCCUUGAGGAUCAUUUAAAAAAAUAAAAAAAUCCAGUUUUCAAGUAUUAUCUCCCAUCAGUUAAAGAGAGAGAGAAAUGUAUACUGCAUAUGGGCUUACAAAGUAAGAAAAAAGCACAAGACUUUUCUCUUAGUUUGGUAGAUGUGGGAGAUCAGUUUGACAGUGCCAGAAUAAAGUGGUGCAUUUAAGGCCUGUUGGGCAUGGUAGUCUUGCAAGGGAUGGAAGUGCUGCAACUAACCCAUCUGCCCUUGUUCCUCUGGCUGGUGGGAAAGGCUAACUAGGAAAUGCCCAGCACCCUAGAGCAUAGUGGCCUGGCGGGGGGGAUAGCACUGCACUUGGUGGACCAAGUGCACCUCUUAAAGGUAAAGGUAAAAGGACCCCUGACCAUUAGGUCCAGUUGUAGCCAACUCUGGGGUUGUGGCGCUCAUCUCGCUUUAUUGGCCGAGGGAGCCGGCGUACAGCUUCCAGGUCAUGUGGCCAGCAUGACUAAGCCACUUCUGGCGAACCAGAGCAGCGCACAGAAACGCCAUUUACCUUCCCGCUGGAGCGGUACCUAUUUAUCUACUUGCACUUUGACGUGCUUUCGAACUGCUAGAUUGGCAGGAGGAGGGACCGAGCAACGGGAGCUCACCCCACUGUGGGGAUUCGAACCACCGAUCUUCUGAUUGGCAAGUCCUAGGCUCUGUGGUUUAACCCAUAGCGCCAUCCACGUCUUGUGCACCUCUUAGCCUUGUACAAAAUCUAACAGAGAGACAUUCUGCUGUGCCAUGCCUUGCUUUAUUUCAUGUAAAGUACUAGCCUGCCUGGAAGUUGCAUCUUCUGUCAUGCAGCGAAGUCAAAACCCAGAGUCUUCACAGUAAAUGAAUAAAACUUUACUGAGUUAAACAUAUUUCUUUACAAAGACAUAAUGGAGGAGAGCAAAGUAAAAAACAGGCACCCCCAAACACUGCCCUCCAGAUGUUUUGGGACUACAACUUCCAUCAUCUGUAGCUAACAGGACCAGUGGUCAGGGAUGAUGGGAAUUGUAGUCCCAAAACAUCUGGAGGGCCGAGUUUCGGGGUGCCUGGUAAAAACAGAAGAAGUUUAGACUAGGCUAGAGAGCACUUCGUGUGUCUUCCUACAAUUGAUACAAUAUUUGUACAAGGAAUGAGUCAUCUAGCUGAAUUGGUCUGCACUUUUCAGCAUUUUCCAACACUUUCUGCACUUUACUGUACUGCUUCUGCUCUCAAAGACCUUUGUCACAUGACAUCUUUUGAGCUAUAGCCAUUGCAACAAGAAGCCAUGGAUAGCCUUAUCCUCUGUGUCACAACUUACCCCUGUUCCUGCAUGUGUGGAGACGGGUGAGACCGUUUAGUUAGCCUGCACAUGUUCAGCGAUGCUCUCUUUUUCUCUUGCUUCACAGGAUUUGGGGCUGCAGCCUGGAAGUGUAGACAGAUCCCAAGGCGUAAGCUCAGAUUCUGUUUAUGAUAACAGCAGUGCCUGUGGUGAGGCAACUCCCAGCUGCUUUUCCAGUUGCUAUGAAAUAUAUCAGGGUGUUGCCAAAACUGCUGGAGAGGUCCUGGGCAUUGCACAGAAUUGUCUCUGUGCUGAAAGUUGUAGGGUUGGGAAGGGAGAGAGCUGUUCAGGUUCUGAUCCUUCAGGCAUCUUAGACCAUAGCUGUCAACGUUUCCCUUUUUUGUAAGGGAAAUUCCCUUACUCCGAAUAGGAUUCCUCACAAGUAAAGGGAAAAGUUGACAGCUAUGUGUUAGACCAUUUCCAUUUUUUCUUUACAUCUUGUAUUACCUCUUCCAUCCCCCAUGCUACUGUUACUUUGGGGAAAAUGUGGACCCAAAGCUGUCAGAGAGCCAGUGUGGUGUAGUGGUUAAGAGCGGUAGUCUCGUAAUCUGGAGAACCGGGUUCGUGUCUCUGCUCCUCCACAUGCAGCUGAGUGACCUUGGGCUAGUCACGCUUCUUUGAAGUCUCUCAGCCCCACUCACCUCACAGAGUGUUUGUUGUGGGGGAAGAAGGGAAAGGAGAAUGUUGGCCGCUUUGAGACUCUUUCGGGUAGUGAUAAAGCGGGAUAUCAAAUCCAAACUCUUCUUCUCUUCUUCUCUCUUACAAACUCUUACAAACUCUCAGUGGGUCUUGCUCCCAGUGAUGACUUGGUGAUGAUGUCCAAAACAGUCUUAUGUCCAAAAUAAAAGUGUGCACUGCACUGUGGGUUUGGGAAUUUGAUGGGAGCUGAAAUUCAGAAAUAAGAGAGGUCUUUCUAUAAAGCUAUGAUGCUGUAGAAUAUACAUCAACUUUUAAAUGUGAGGGCAUCUCACUACCAUAUUAAAAAAAGUUGGGGCUUCUAGCAGUACACACGCCUAGGAAAUAACAAUGGUUACCUUCUCAGAUUGCUGGUUCACACUCACGCAAGCGGCCUUUCUUUAAUAGAACAGUUUGUAGGGUGAAGAGACAGUUGUUUCUGCACAUACUUUUCUUCCAAAAGUGUUUUUCAGCUUACCUGCUUGCACAUUCAGUUCCAUCUUUAUUUGGUUAUGCAAACAUCAACAGGAGUUUCUUUCUUGUUCUGAAAGUUGCAUGUUGCUUUCUGACAGGCAAUAUACCUUUAGUCAUUGUUCCAACUCUCACUGAAAGGGGAGUUUCCCCAUUGACACUAAUGAGUACCAGUUUUUGCUUUUUAAUAAUGGCUUGAUUAAAGAGAAUGUAAUACCUUAAGAGCUUGCAGAUCAGCUCUGCUGCUGUGUAAUUAAACGUAGCUACUGGAAAGCAGUGUCAGAUUUACACAUUGGUCCUAAUCCUGCUAAGAACAAAGUAUAUUUAAAGUUGAUGCAAAAGCACAGUAUCUUUUAGUUUAUCCAACUAGUCUCUUGGCUGUAAUUCACAAGACAAAGUUUGGAGACCAUUUAAAAAUAAGAAAACUAGAAGAGCAAACAAUGCUAAAAUAAGUGUGAAGAUUGCAGAAAGAGGCACAUUUUAGUUCAUUUAAAUCAGUGGAAUUAAGCUUGCUUUACUAUAUAAUUGAUGGUCGUCAUGGUAUGUAUGUAUAUUUUCCACCAACAAUUAUAUUUCUUAAAUUUUUCACCAAAAAUUAUUGUUGAAGUAUUCAGACUUAGAGUGUGGUAGAUUCUAACAAUGCAUUCUUACACUAGUCUCCUCAGAAGUAAGUCCCAUUGAGUUCAACAAGAUUUCCUCCCAGGUAAGAAGGUAUAGGCUUGUAGUCCAAGUUCCUUGACAUUGUGGUUCCAGUAUAUGGUGUAUGGAUAAUCCUCUGGUGCUUAAGACUUUUCGUUGUGUUGUGUAAUCCACCUUUUAGUAAUGUAAAUUUAUGUUAUGUCUAGUGGGAAGUAAAAUUGACACUACUGUCCAGGACACAUAACCUAAAUGUGCAUGCUGCAACUACUUUGAAUUUUGUUAUAUUAGCCUGUAGUGCAAAUGUAACAACCUCUGUCAACAAGAAUACACACUUGAUUUCUCUUCCAUGUUCUGUCCUGAAUAAUCCUUGGAGCACAACUAGUACACAAGAGGUGCGUAAGGAGAGCUCUUCUAGACCACAGAUGAGCAUCCUUGCUUGCGACAAUAGCCAGCAGCAGAGGUGCUUCUACAAAACCCACAAGGAGGGCUUGAAGGCUACAGCUGCCUUCUCCUCAGCAAGUGGGACUUAGUGGCCUCCUGCCCCUCUGAACUUGGAGGUUACAUACAUGAGUAAGCAUUGAUCAAAGAGGUUUAAUGAUGGUCUAGACUAGAGGGUCCCCAACACGCUGCAGAUAGUACUUCAAAUGCCUGGCUGAAGCUUGCAAGAAGGCAUACUUGAUCAGCAAAGCUUUGUUUUUACUCAGGCUGGAUGCAACCCAUAGUUGCUAAGGGUUUCAACAGCACUGCAAUAUAAGCUGCAAUCCCACGCCAUGUGCUUGCAUGCUUCAAGAUCCAAUAGACUUCAGCGAGACAUUUGCAAACAGGUUUAAUUAUUCAGCCUUAGACUUAGGUUUCAAACAUGUGCUUGCUUGUUCACAGUGACACUGACAGGUAGAAGAGCAUACAAUUGUAGCCAUAGGAAAAGAGGUGGGGAUUCUUUCAUUUAAAGCAGCUUGUGCAGAAUUGACUACGAGAUAAGUAUAGUAGACCAUUUUAUCCAGCUUGCCCUUGACAAAUGUUUGGUUGGGUAAGACUCUUAGGAGCAUAAUAAUUGUCUUAGCUUUUCAGUUUAGGAACUCUUAAGAGAAGUGUGUGCAAAUACCAAUGCCUUUGCAAAAAGUAGGUUUUGAGAUACAAUAAAAAUUCUAAUCCUGACUUUCAGUUCAUUGCCACAUGACUUAAAAUGCCUACUGUUUCUGUUUUGAUAUACGUUCCCCCCACUUGUAAUGGAAUUUUGUUUUUACUUGGCUAUGAUUCGAGAUCUGUUACUUCCGUAGGUAGUUGUAAAACUAGUUUCUCCACCCUAACCUAGAAGGAUCUGAGCACUGGAGCAAGAGAUGACUAAUUUUCAAUUCUAGUUAACACCAAACUUCUCUUGAGAACUUCAGCUGGAGUGUCUAAAAAAUACACAGAGUGUAAGGGAGGUGGUGGGCCUGUUUAGAUGGCCCGCCAUCAGAGUCUAAUGGAUCCUGGUGUCUUCCUGAAUGCAGGAAUUUUCCAGUGGAAAAAGCUGAUGAUUCUGUUGAAGCUCUCACUGUGGAAUGGUGAGAUUGGAUGUGCAGUUGGCACAAUACUUCCAGAAUGGCUUCUUCAGCAUUGCGGAGCCUGCUUGCCUCCUUGGUAAUCUGGGGAGCUUCAGUCUAUACAAGCUAGACUCAGACUAGAGCAUAAGUAAUGCUCUCCUUAUUUCAUUCUGAAACUGACCAAGCACUGGCCAGUGUCUACCAUGUGGCAGUGUGAGCUGCGAUAAAGGCUCAUUUUGCAGCUUUCAUUGUAUCCUCUAGUCUAGGAGCUGGCUGCAGAGGUUGCUGUCCCCUGCAUAGGGGAGGGGCCUCUGGAAAAUUCCAGGACCUGCUGUGACCAUCUGGCUACACAUUUUGUGGAUAAAGUUGCUUGACUUCGGAGUGGCCUUGAUUCAGUGGUCGUUGCAGUUCCAGAUGAAGUACCCAGUGCCAGAGUUGGUGAGAUUGGUUUCAGCUUAUGCAGGCGGCUAACGUGGGCAAGGCUGUAUGCUGACCAUGCAUUCUCUUGACCCCUAACGCUUCUGGGCUUAUUAAAUCUAGCAGAGGGAGUUUAAUUAUCUGGGCCUAGAGCAUGGUCAAUGCUUCAUUGCAUUAGCAGUAACUAUCAACCAGUUGCAAAUAUCCGCUUGCUGGGGAAGUAGGUGCAGAGAAUUGUGGUGGGGAACCUGCAAGCAUUUGUGGUUAACACACAUUAUUUUGAUUGAUUCCCUGGGUUCAGGCAUGGCCAUGGGACUAACUCUGCCUUGGCUACCCUGAUGAAUGACAUUACAGAUAGAGGGAAAGGGUAUGUGUGAGUUUGCUCCUGCUUUUUGACCUCACUUCAACUUUCUGUGCCGUUCGCUACUGCAUUGUCCUCAACCGGCUCCAAGCAAUGGGAAUUGGGGUCACUGUGGUACAUUGAUUUCAGUACUACCUACAGGACCAGGUCCAGAAAACAGCAUUGGGAAAGUGCUGUUUGGCUUGCUGGAAGUUAUCCGUAUGAAGUCCCUGGGAGUGGUGGUUGGGCAUUUGAGGGCAAGGUGCCAUCAAUGUGUUGAUGUCUCUCAGCUCUGUUUCUCCAUCACAUCUGAAUCAGGAGAGGCUGUGCAGGCCCUGGACCAGUGCUAGACACGGUGGUUGGAUGGAUGAGCAGGCCAUUUUUUAAACAUAAAUAUGGGCAGAAUUCCUUCGCCACAGCCCUUAUGACUCCUCCCCACCUGUGACGUGUGCUUUUGCUUGACCCUAGUUUACAUUUGGAGAAAACAAAAUGCCUAUUUAAAAGCUGUUUGCAUUCUCAUCUGGACUCUGUGAUUGUAGAUUUGCCCAACCUGUUUCACACAAAACUAAGUUUGCUGGCCACCAGUGCAAUUUAGGCCAGAAGAACCACCUGGUUCAAGGCAUGCUGCCAAUGAUUCUGAUAUUGGUGUUUUGUUGAGGUGCACAAUGCCAAAAUGCUGAAAGUCAUGCAAAGUGAGAACUGGUGGAAAGUGAGGUCUCUCCCUGGUGUGUGUUCCUGAAGCAGACAGCACUGCUCACCCAAGAAGCACAUUUGCUUGAGAGGUGUUGGUUCACCCAGCACACUAAGCCAAGCCAUUGCCUUGGAAAGCAGCUUGAAUGUGUGGGCUUCCAGAGAGGAACUUGCAUCUACUUUGCUCUUUGCUGCUACUUUUCUGCUGCACCUUGCAAAGCUUAGCCAUGGCUUGGCUUCGGAUGCCAUUUGAACUGGGACUCACUGCUAACCACAAGCUGUAACCAAGAAUGGGAGAUCAAGGUUUGGCUUAGUGUGGCGUGCAAACCAGACACACAUACAUUUUCUCCUCUGCUCAUAUUUGAUGCAAUAUCCAUUCCUGAUUGAUUUCUUUUAAGCAGCAUCUCUCUUAUGUGAUGUUCAUGUACAGUUCUUGCAAAAACAUGUUUUGAGUGUGUUCACAGUGCUGUAGGCUUGAGCAGCUGAGAAGGGCUUGGGGAUGUACCAGACCAACUUGCACUGCUGCAAAAGGUUUUGUGUUUUAACACAAAUAGAAACAUUAAGGGUUGUGGAAUAUAUAGGGGAGGAGGAGAUGUGGGUGGUGAAGUGUUGUUUUGAAGCAAACAUACUUUCUCCAAUUAGGUAGGACUCACAGCAGCAACUUUGCACUUAAACAAUGAAGCACAUGAAUAAAAGACAGGAAGAGGAGAGUGGGUGUCGAGGUAGGGCAGGAGGCGGUUCAAAAUGUGGUUCUGUUCCUUACAGUCAUUGCAAUUAAUUGAUGAAGCUACUUAAGUGUGCACUUCUAAAAGCAGUCCUUUCAAAUCCCUGCUAACAGCAGAGGGCUUGGGGAGAGGGAGGAGGAAUGCCUACUGAACUCAAAGCAUAAAUUCACAUGCUGGAAAGAAGGAAUUUUUUUUAAAAAAACACUGAUUGCAGAGCGGAGCGGAAGACCUCCUACAAGCUGCAAAAGGGAGUGGAUUUUUCUUUAGCGGCAUGGGAAUGGGUUUGACAACAACUGCUGAAGAAUGCCAAGAUUUCCACACCCUUCCUCUUGCUGUCAGUCAGUGGAAAGGGGAAAGUUGGCACAAUGAGGCAAUGCCAGCAUUUGACUUCUACAAAGUCUUAAGGAAGGGGUCGGCAGCCUAAGGCCCAUGGGCCACAAGCCCAUGGGGGUCAUUUAAGUGGCCCCCGAGCCGCCCCCGAACCGAGCCGCCCACUCAGCGAGCCUCCAUGCGCUGCACUAAACUAGUGCCGCGCAGGGACUCUCUUCCUCGGCGCCCGAAAUCGUGUCUGUGCAGAUGCCAGAAAUCGCAUCUGCACAGGUGCAUACACUGGAAAUCGCAGGUGGGCGCAUGAUCCAGUCCACGGAGGGAUCUCCACUGGAGUGAACCGGCCCAGGUGAGGUAAACCUUGCCGACCUCUGUCUUAAGGGAUGUCAAGCAGGAGAGACAGACAGGAUGGAGGAAAGCAGACUAUGACCAAACAUACCAUAGUUACUGUGAUCAUAUGCAGAAUGUCCAUCGGCUUAAGUGCAUUUUGUACGAUAAACCAUGGUUUCAAAAGUGUUUUAAAACUGCAGCAGACAUACACCCUUGUGGUCUAACCAUGGAAACAGGUGCAUAAAGAACAGUGAGAUGGGAUUUCAUUUACUAUUCCCUCCCCAAUAAUACAAACAUAUGCCUAAUAUAAUGGAACACAGAUGGAACCAGAUCUUUCAAGUUUAAAUGCUUUAUGUAUAAGACUGAGUGAAUAUAUUCUUUCCCCAAUCUUUUGUUGCUGUCUGGUGUUACAGCGUUGCCUGAAAAAUGUACAUUUGAGGUUUGUUGGUCACAUGCUUAUUGGACUGUGUGUGUGUGUCAUUGACUUACCAGGAAAAGGGCAUGGGGUUGAUGGACUGCAACUGAUGAACUACUACUAGAGAAACAAAAUACUAUUCUGACGUGUGUCAUUUCCUAGUAUGCUGGUUGCUGACACAUUACAGUGCUGAAAAUUAUUAUUGUUUCCUGUUUCUCCUUAUAUUUACAGGAUGUAGACUUAAAAGUGAGCCAGGAAUGUUUGGAACACUGUUAUGUUAUAGAAGAUGAAGACUCCGAAUCUCAAGAGGAGGAAGAGGGUAAAAGCGACCAAGUGGAUUGGAAAGAGAAGCUGAGUCCAGUUUCCAGCUCUUCGGUGAGAGUCAUAAAAAAAGUUGUACUGGGCCAUAUAUGGUUAAGUUCUACUCAGCAUAGACCCAUUGAAAUUAAGAGUCUUUUGGUAGUCUUGCCCAUUAAGGUCAAUGGUUCUAUACUGAGUAUGACUCACAUUGAAUUCAGUCCAUUGCCUGGGAGCCUAAGUUGCUCUUCCAUUCAUGUAUGAUGGCGGAGAUUCUCAUCAAAUCCCCUGCCUCAUAACCCACACCAUAUCCCAAGGGUCCUCAAACUCCCUGGGGUAGAUUUUCAGGGGGCUGCAGAAAGAAGGGGGAGGAAGGAAAGUCUCUUUCCAUAAACAAGACUUCUGUUCCAUUCACAGAAGGAAAAUUAGAACCCCAGCCAUCAAUAUUAGUGUUUUUGAAAACUGAUUCAGAUAUUUAUUCAUGGCAAGUCUUUAUGAACAUUUUUGAAAUGUAUAUAUUCACAAAUACCAUUGUGGGAAUAACCUGUCAUGUCUUAAAAGAUAUCGUUAACUUUUUGCUGCACCAGUUACAUGGUUAUUAUUUUCACCAACCCCAAAUUUGUGGUCCACUCUUUUCUCUUUAACAUCCCUGAAUUAUUAUUUUUUAAGUUGAUGUUGUUUUGCUUUAAAUCAUAAAACAGCUUUAGUAUCAAAAGACUCCAGUUCUGACCAUUAUAAACAAUGAAUUUAUGAAAGCAAGCAUGUUCCGAUAACUGCUGUUUACUAAAAAGUUUUACAAUGUGGCAUUUAAAAAACAGCAACCAUGGAAGUGUUGGCAGUUUGUAAUUAUCAAACUAUUAGGGCAAGUAUUACUACUUCCUCUGUAGCUGCAUGAAAAUCUAAUGGAAUGGUGAGCCUUAACUGCUAGUCAGGGGUCAGCAAGGUUUACCUUGCCUGGGCUGGUUCACUCCAGCGGAGAUCCCUCUGUGGGCCGGAUUGCGGGCGCGUGAUUUCCGACGCUGCAGAAGCGAGUCCCCAUGCUGUGCUGGUUUAGGGGCUCGCCAAGUGGGCAGCUCAUGGACUGGUUUAAUGACCCGUAUGGGCUGCUUGUGGCCCAUGGGCCUUAGGCUGCCGACCCCAGUGCUAGAUGGAAGACAGCAGCCGAAUUCUGGGGUCCUGUUGUAAGCUUUUAAUUGGCUGUCACGUGAACUCCUGGUUGUCUGAAUCCACUCUGUGUGCAGCGAACAACAUCUCAGAAUGUGAUAUCCUAUAGUGCUUCUUCACAGAUGUACUGCUGGCCAGUUAACUUGGUAUGAAGAUAGCAUGCUUUGUUGUUUGCAAAUGUUACUGUCACUCAGCGACAUGCAUAUUUACUUAAUACAUUUUAUAUACCACCUGUCAGCCAGUUGGUUCCUAGGGCAGUUGAGAACAGGGUAAAGGGGUUGUCAGCCUCUUUCAGGCCCCUGGGCACAUUUAGAAUUUUGAGUUUUGCAGCUGUAUACAUCUCCUGUGGCUUGAAGUGGUGUCAUUUUCCUGAUCCCCCUUACAAUUCUACUUACAACUUUCCAUUAACAAUGGAGACAUGUCUAUUAAUUGUGGGUUUUUUGGGGGGUGGGCGGGUUUACAACAGACUUACAGAAGCACUACUGGUUCUCCUUUCCCACUGGAAGGUUAUUUUCCACUGCCAGCAUCACUGACUGAAAAUACACUGGAAGUAAGUGUUGCAAUUUGAGAUAGUUUACAAGCUUAUGUGCAAACCGUUGGAAGCAUGCUUCUACAAUAACCUAGUUAAAGCAACUCUCUUUCUUGUCAGAAAUUCUACAACUCAACUGCACCAUCUUUUUUCCCCCUUUACCAUUAGCUUGCUUCCAAAAAGUGUGAUUUGCCGAAGUAGAAUCUGAAGAAUUGUUUUAAAACCAUUUCCCCGAUUUCUACAACUCCAUUCUAGGUGUUAUGACAGAAGCCUCUGCUUACACCAUGGAAGCGAAAGUAGUAAGAUGAACCUGUAGUGAAUGGAAGUGUAGCAACUGACUUGGGGGUGUAUUCAUUUUUCCUCAAUUUGACUAAGGGGUUCCACAUGGCACACCUUUCCAAGGGUGCAUCCCAGUGGUAGGUGGAACAAAUGUGACACUUAGCUUUGAGCUGUUGACUACAUUUCAGUCGGGCAAGAUCACUCAAGAGCAGGGUAGGACAGGGUUUGUGACCCGUUGAGAGUCAUGAGGGUCAAAUGGAAAAGCCCUGGAGGGCCUCAUAUUGCCCCAGGCAGAGGUUCCUCGGCCCUGAUUUAGAAAAUACCUGUGGUGGCCUACAAGGCUCAUCAUAAUCACCUGUGUUGUUAAUGUUAUGUGUGGAAUUGUUAAAAUGAUAACUCUCCUGCCUUUGGACAGCACAAUAAUCAACAUGCUGCCCUCCAAGUUUGUAUUUUAUUAACGUAAACACCCAGCAGAAGCUGUAUUCUAAACCAAAGUUUGAACAGUAGGGGAAAGUGUGUAGAUAUUUCUAAAUGGAUGCAAGUAUGUGAGGAACUACCUAGCUAGGGCAAACAGCUGAAGAUGCUUUCAUUUAAUAUAACCAUAGAGGUGGAAGGGAUCCUGAGGGAUCAUCUAGUCUUAACCCCCUGCAUUGAAGGAAUAUGCAGCUAUCCCUUAUGAGGAUUGAACCUGCAACCUUUGCACUCAGCACCACACUCUAGCCAGGAAGAUGGGCCCAAUGUUCAAGAUGUUUGUUUUGAACCUUUUCAAGCUCUUCUUGCAUGCCUCAGUAUCUUUCCCUACAUUACCUCCACCCCAAUGUCUGUUGGAUAAGCUCAUAAGAAUUCUGCCUUGAAAAAUGGGGAAGACAAGGUGUGGGCUGUGAAACUUGUGCCUCUAUGUUGCAAUUUUUAGGAAAACAAUUCAAGCUGCUCCUGUUUCAGCAGAGGUGGGUAGUGGUGGUUUUCCAGUUUGUAUUGCAGUAGAUAGACAAACUACUGCAUCUUACUGGUUUCUUUUUGAUGUUUUCCUCAAUACUCUUUCAGGCUGCCAUUUUUAGUGAUCACACUCUUUCUGUAACAGCUGGUAUUUGCAGAAAGCAUUCUCUGUGUUUAAAGUAUUGUGGGGGAGGGGGAAAUAACAUUUUAAAUUAUACAAAGGGCUGCUGUUGAACUGGCUAGAAACUAUUUAACCAUAGGGAGAGUUGCAAGGUUUCAAAAUAACAUAGAAAACAUAUUUUCAUUUUGCUCCUUCUUUUAGGGACACUGGUUGGGAAAUACUAUGCCUGUUAUCAACAGCAGAGGUAUGAACCUGUCAAACUUCCACAAUACAGUUAAUUUGACUCAGGCUAUUAGCCGUGAUGUUAGUCUUCAUGAUGCUACAAUGAUGAAAUUAGACCACAAUACUAUAGUAAAUGCAGAGAAAAGGAAUUUGGAGAUAUUGGAGACUCUUUCAUUAACCGAUUCUCACACAUCACUAAUGAAUGGUGUCAACAUGCUUGGGGGUUUUGCAUCUGAUAAUUGUACGAAUCUAACAAACCAGGAUUUGUUCUUGAGCCUGGAUGGACAUGGAUUUGAAGCUUCCUGUUUCUUUGAAGAACGGGAUUCUGAUUCUGGACUGUCUUUGGAUUUAAAUCAUAGCAAUUCAUCCCUUGUUUUUACCUGUGACAGUGAUGCUGAAUCUGCCACCUAUGAUGAUUUAGUUGUAGGAGGCUGCUGCGCAGAAUACAGCAAAUGUUACCACACAGAUUAUCAAAGCAAUUAUGAUCUCAGUGCAGAAUUGUUUGUAGAUGUGUUGCAUGAUCACACGUACAGCCAAAUCCCACAACAGCUGGCACCCUGUGUGCCAGAAGAAUAUUACUUCAUGUGGCCAGAGAAAUCCAAUAAAGCCAGAAGUAGAAAUGGAGAUAACGCAGGAAAAAACCAAAGCCGUGAUGAAUACCGCGCAGAAGCCCUGAGAAUUCCAUUCUCUGUAAAUGAUAUUGUGACUCUGCCUGUUGAUUCCUUCAAUAGCAUGUUAUCAAAAUACUACUUGACAGAUAACCAGCUAUCACUCAUACGUGACAUAAGGCGGAGAGGGAAAAACAAAGUCGCUGCUCAAAACUGCCGCAAACGUAAACUAGAUGCAAUUAUGAACCUGGAAGAUCAGGUGUGUCACCUUCAAGCACAAAAGGAAAAGCUCAAGAAGGAAAAAGCCCAGUGUAAUAGAUCAAUUAGCAAUAUAAAGCAAAAACUAAAUGAUCUUUAUUGGGACAUUUUGAGUAGAUUAAGAGAUGACCAAGGAAGACCUGUUAACCCAAGCCAAUACUCUCUACAGUGUUGUAAAAACAGCAGUGUUUUGGUUGCACCUGGAAAAGCCAUCAAACUGGAACUGAAACAAAACAAUCCAACCAAAAAAAUGGCUAGAUAG